AUGGGAGAACUGAAAGAUCUGAUCAGAGAAAUGGAACCACAACUUCAAAGCAUAAGCCAAAGUCACCUGCACUCAUACAGCAUAUCCGAGGAUGAGGACGACCUCCGAGAGACCCUAGAUACCCUUAACGCGGGUCACUUGCUCGUGGUGACUCACAAAAAAGCGAUAUUUGAAUACUUCAUUGGUGUGCCAGUUCUUGAGCCUUUGUAUCUUGUUGUCCAAGUGUACUCUGACAUGAAUAGGUCAACUAAUCCUCCUUUGUGUGUGAAACAUGUCAUUGAUGAAGAGGACCUGAUCAAAAUAGCACGGCAAUCCUUCCUUGAAAAUAUAGACAACUAUUCCAAAAAGAAGAAAUCAAAGUCAAAGUUGAAAAGAUCACACUCACCUUCAAAUGCUUUGCAUCCAUCAUCGUUUUCUUGUGGCCAUCCUCACGAGCUCAAGGAAACUAUUCCUGCUACACUCCUGCAUCCAGUGUUUGGCCAAUUCAUGGAUGACAGCUGGACACACACAACAACUGAAGAUGAUAACAAUCUCGUCCAUGAACUUGGGAAUGUGAUGUCAGCAUUUUAUGAAACAGAAAGCAAGCGAGUGGAUGCUGUCAGUGUAGUGCUCACAAGGUACAGCCCAGGUUUUCAUCUGAAUAGCAAGGUGCAAGGGACUGCAUACAUAACGGAUGCAGAUAUGUCCAUCGACAUUCAUAAUCAUCAUCAUCCUUAUGUUAUUGCCGAAUUCAAGAAUGAAGCUGCGACAUCUAAUUCAGAACCAUACAUCCAGGCUUUGUCGUACUACCUGGAAUCAACGAGAAUGUCUGUGCUUAGGAUGUCAGGGUCUUCUUUACCAUGUUUUCUGCUGAUACUUUUUGGACCAUAUAUUGUGUUUGCUGGGGCUGUUUGGACAUUGCACCCUGCUGUACAGAUCCUGUCAAAUCCUCUAGCAUUCAAUUAUUGUUCUACAGAUAUGGAUAACAAGAUCACCGCCGCACAUCACAUGGCUGCAUUCAGCAAAGCGGUCAGAUCCCUGGAGAAGUAUUAUGAAACACUCCCUCCUGAAUCCAAACUUGCGAACACCCUAUAUCACUCAAUAAUCUUCCCUUAUCCCACAACCUUCACAUCUCUGGAUGAAAACAGCACGACUGUUUUCAGUUACACGGAGCAUCUCGAAGAAGAGAAGGCAAAGACCCUCACUGGAGGACAUGUGGAGGUUCCGAUAUGCAUCAAAUUCAUCAGAUGCUAUUCACAGAAAGCAUAUUUGCGUUGUGCCCUGUUAGGACUGCCUGGAGGUUGGCUCAUGGUGGUGAUGGAUAGACUUGUGGCCUACAAUGUAUUGGCCGACUUGCCUCAUAUUGUUCACCUGCCCCAAUCAGUUUUUGAGGCUAUAAGAAAGGAACUCAAGACACUGCAUGCUCGCAAGCUGGUCCAUGGCGAUAUGCACGAUACUAAUAUACUGGUGAAGACUAAUGACCAGACAAAGUUCAUGAUCAUUGACUUCGACUGGGUGGGUGUUGAAGAGGUCGUCCAGUAUCUGCCAUAUAUCAAUUACACCGACAUAAAGAAACCAAAAGAUGUGAGGGAUGAACUGCCUAUCAAGGUGGCUCACGAUAUUGUGAUGAUUGAUUUCAUCAUUAACACGAGGGUUCAGAAGUAA